UCACUUGCGGUUAGACCUGUCAUUUAGUGUCGUGGUUUCAUGUUUGCAUUUCUGGACGAGUAGAGAAUACUUUUUUCUUUUGCAUUUUUGAAUAGUACCGAAGCGCAAAAAGACCGAAAAUGGGAGUACCAGCAUUCUUCAGGUGGCUGAGCAGAAAAUAUCCGAGUGUAAUCAUCGAAUGCGUCGAAAAUAAGCAAGUUGAUGACACUGGGGCAAACAUUUACGAAGACGCGACACUGCCUAACCCGAAUGGCAUUGAGUUCGAUAAUUUGUAUCUGGACAUGAACGGGAUCAUCCAUCCUUGUACGCAUCCAGAAGAUAAGCCGCCCCCCAAAAAUGAGGACGAGAUGAUGAUAGCGAUUUUCGAUUGCAUCGAUCGUCUUUUCGGGAUCGUGCGUCCCCGGAAGCUUUUAUACAUGGCGAUUGACGGUGUGGCGCCGCGCGCUAAAAUGAACCAACAGCGGUCCCGCCGUUUCCGUGCGGCCAAAGAAGCAGUGGAGAAACGCGCAGAAGUUAAGCGAAUCCGAGACGAGCUUCUAGCUAGAGGUUGUAUCCUGCCUCCAGAAAAACCAAAAGAGGAGCAUUUCGACUCUAAUUGUAUUACUCCGGGGACGCCGUUCAUGGAGCGAUUAAGUCGCUGCCUUCAUUACUACAUCCACGACCGCAUGAACAGCAAUCCUGCCUGGAAGGGCGUCAAAGUUAUCCUGUCCGAUGCUAACGUUCCAGGCGAGGGAGAGCACAAAAUCAUGGAUUAUAUUCGCAAGCAACGAUCGCAGCCCGAUCACGAUCCCAAUACACAACAUGUGCUAUGUGGAGCCGAUGCGGAUUUGAUUAUGUUGGGACUGGCUACGCACGAACCGAAUUUCACCAUCAUUCGGGAGGAAUUCUUGCCGAAUAAGCCGAAGCCAUGCGAUAUUUGUGGUCAAUUUGGUCAUGAAAUGGACAAGUGCCAAGGGCUGAACGCGAUGGAUAUGAACUCAAACAUGAAACCUGACAUUGCUGUAGGCGCAGAAGUGAAAUUCAUUUUCGUGAGACUGAGCGUGUUAAGAGAGUAUUUGAAAAGAACUUUGGCCAUGCCAAAUUUACCUUUCAAAUAUGAAUUCGAGCGGGCACUGGACGACUGGGUGUUUAUGUGUUUCUUUGUAGGAAACGAUUUCCUUCCGCAUUUGCCUAGUUUAGAAAUUCGCGAAAACGCAAUAGACCGGCUGGUGGAGCUAUACAAGAAAUGUGUAUACAAGACAGGGGGCUGGCUGACAGAUUCCGGGGAAACAAAACUGGAUCGUGUCCAAAUGAUUCUGACCGACUUGGGUCAGGUUGAAGAUCAGAUUUUUAAAGAGCGACAACGCCGCGAGGAACAAUUCAAGGCUCGUGAAAACGCCAAACGUCGUCGUAUGGCUAAUGAACGACCAGAUUUCUCGAAUAUGCACAAUUCACAAUUUGCCCCGACACCGCUCGGGAGAGGAAUGCUCCCGAACGCCGUUCAGAAUCCACGACAGGAAAUGGCACGGAUUCGAACAAUGAACAUGCAACAGCAGGCCGGCAUGCAUACAGGAUCGGGUUCAGGAGGCCAAAGGAAUGAUGGGCCCCAUGGACGCAAGCGUAAAGCAAAUGAAAUGGCCGGCGAAGAGCAGCCUGAAGAAGAAGAAGACUAUCAGAAAAAUGAUGAAGUUCGUCUCUGGGAAGACGGUUUCAAGGAUCGGUAUUACGAGUCCAAAUUCGAUGUGGGACCUGAGAACGAGGGAUUUCGGUACUCAGUGGCCUUGCAGUAUGUGCGCGGACUCUGCUGGGUACUGAAGUAUUAUUAUCAAGGCUGUGCUUCUUGGAAGUGGUACUUUCCAUAUCAUUAUGCCCCGUUCGCUUCGGACUUUGUGAAUAUCGCUGGAUUAUCCACUAAGUUUGAGAAAGGAACAAAGCCGUUCAAUCCAUUGGAGCAAUUGAUGGGCGUGUUUCCGGCUGCAAGUAGCUCCCAUGUACCUGCACCUUGGGCGCAACUUAUGUCUGAUCCGAAAUCCACGAUUAUUGAUUUCUAUCCAGAAGAUUUCAAAAUUGAUCUGAAUGGCAAAAAAUUCGCUUGGCAGGGAGUUGCUCUGUUGCCGUUUGUUGAUGAAAAACGUCUCUUCAAAGCUUUGAAACCAUAUUAUUCGAAGUUAACAGCAGAAGAAGUAAAACGUAAUAAACGUGGAGAUAGCCGGCUAUAUGUUACCCCAGAAAAUCCAGGCUUUAAAUUCCUUAAGACACAGUACAAUCGUAAGAUUGACCCGAACAUUGAAGUUCCCAUAUCCAUUCAAGGAAUGCAAGGUGUCAUUCUAUUAUCGGACGAAUGUGCACCAAUGGACGGAAUUGUCGAGUCACCAAUCAAUGGGCAACACGAUAUUCACGAAAAUCAAGUUCUGACAGUCCGUUUCAGGGAUCCCUCUUAUGGAGAUGAUUAUAUUUUCCCAGCAAGAAGACUUCCGGGAGCUAUCGAUCCGCCAGUUGUAUUGGCACCGGAAAAAAGAGACAGGGACAACUACCGCCCAGCCAUUGGAUUUAAUCGCGACCUGCCACAAGCAUCACUUGGCGAUGCUGGUCACAGAAUGCUCAACCACCAUUCUGGUAACAAUCAGCAGCGGGAAUAUUCCUCGAAUAAUUUCAAUGAUAAUCGCAACCAAUAUUCUGAUCGAAACCAAUAUUCUGAUCGCAACAGAUUUCAACAGCAGAACAAUAAUCGAGGCAACAACAAUUUCGGCAACAAUAAUUUCUCGAACAACAGAAAUAAUGGUGGCGGCUAUGGUGGUAAUAAUCAGGGCAGAAACUAUGGUGGUAAUAAUAACUUUGGUGGAAACAAUAACAACCCGAACAAUCAGAGAAAUAAUUCAGGGGGUAAUUGGCGUUCAAUGCCUGGCGGAUUUAAUAAUCAACGUCAAGGAUUCCAGAACCAAAAUCGUGGAAAUAAUCAACAAUUUGGAUCGAGAGGUGGGAACAGGGGUGGGAAUAGGGGCGGCGGACAUUGGCGUUAAGCACUUUUAAAAAAUAAUAUUGACGUUUAAUUGUAUAUCUAAACGGACAUAUGUAUGUAAGUUACAUUAAGAUUUUGUCAUUUAUACUAGAUUUUAUUUUAUGCCAAUAAUUUGUGCAGAGUUUAAUUUCAAUCAGAAUUACAACUUUAUUUGAAAGUUAAGCAAGCUAGAGGUAGUUAUACAAGUUUUGUAUAUUUCUAAUCUGAAGGUUAGCAAAUUAGGAUUUAGGAGAAGGUAUGAAACCAAGAACUCUGCAGAAGAUUUACGAUAAUGAUAGAAAAUUGCGUAAUUUUAACGUAUGUAUCCAUAAUUAAGUAUAAGAUUCGUUAAUCUUUACGUGGAUAUUUCGACUCAUGUCUGAAAUAAAAUAGUAAUUAAAU